UUGGCCAGCCAGGCCUGGGCUUACUUUUACUGUCCAGCAGGUGGACACACAGUGGCCGUCGGUUGCGCCAACGCUCAACAGUGUUCACCCUAUACAGCUUCACCGGUAGCAUGCAUCAACAACGCAUGCUGUAUUGCAAAAUCGCUGCCAACUCAACCGCUUAUCCAGCAAACCCCACUGAUUUGCUAUAAUGGCGGGGUCGGUCUGAUUGCCGGCUGCACCACCUCGCACCAAUGCCUUCCAUUUACCACCGAACCAGUCGCUUGUUUGAAUGGAAUUUGUUGCACGGUAAUCGUUUGA